GAAUUCGUACCGUAACAAGGACAAUAAUGUACGUUACAUUACAAAAAAAACCAUUUACGUAUAAUAUCCGUAAUUUGGAAGAAAAUUGUAUUCUUAUCACACAUAGCGCAUGGACAUUUCUACUAAAACAUAAGCAAAAAUACAACUCAAUAUAACAUUGUUGUACAUAUUCUUGGAAAUAAGUACGACAUAUAUCGAAGCGUGUGUGCAACCUACGUUGAUUUACAUCUUGCCGUAAGCUAUUACGUCGCUUUGUGCUCUGAUCCUACACCCUACACGGUAUUAGUGGCUUUAUCUCUGAAUAAAAACCGAUAAAGAUCGACAAUUUCUGGAAAAUGGGGCCUUAUGAAAUUCUGUGCGGCAUCGUCGCCGUAAUUCUCGCUGUUUAUUAUUACCUCACGAAAAAUUUCAACUUUUGGAAGUCACGUGGCAUUCGUGGUCCAAAACCGAUACCGGGAUUUGGUAAUUUCAAAGACGUUAUGCUUUGUAAUAUAUCUAUGGGCGAUUAUUUGACAGAACUAUACAACACCUACAAAGAUGAACGAAUGAUCGGAAUAUUCACUAGAACGACACCUGUCCUUAUUGUAAAGGAUCCGGAUUUAAUUAAGGAUAUCCUUAUCAAAGAUUUUUCCGUAUUCUCUCACAGAGGACUACCCGUUUCUACAAUAGCCGAGCCGCUCUCACAACAUCUACUCAGUUUAGAACCAAAAAGAUGGCGACCGUUGAGAAUAAAUCUGUCGCCUGCUUUUGCACCCGGCAAAGUAAAAGACAUGUUCUCCUUAAUAUUAGCAUGCGCUGACCACCUUGUCCAAUACAUGGAAAAUAUAGCGAGCAAGAAUGAACCUGUAGAAUGCCGCGAGCUGACGGCGAAAUAUAUGACCGACGUUAUCGGUAGCUGCGCCUUCGGCAUCGAGAUGAAAGCAUUGUCGAACGAAGACAGUGAAUUUCGUAGGAUGGAUAGAAACGAAAUGACUCCGACUUGGACAAAUAUAUUACGAACAAGAGCCAGACAAAUAUUUCCGUGGCUUUACGGUAUGCUCGCGUACGCGCAUAUUAUUCCACUAACAGAAGGCACCAAAUUCUUCACACGCGUUGUCGUGGAGACCAUGGUCUACAGAGAAAAGAAUAAUAUUACCAGAAACGACUUCAUUGACAUUUUACGUGAGAUGAAAAAACAUCCAGAAAUAUUGGGUGAUAUGUAUGUUGAAGUGACAGAUAGUUUAUUAUCUUCUCAGGUUUUCCUAUGUUUCCUUGGUGGCUUUGAAACUUCGGCGCUUACUAUGAGCAACGCCAUAUACGAGUUAGCAUUAAAUCAGAAAAUGCAAGAUAAACUGCGCGAGGAAGUUGAUGAACUUUAUGCAAAAUGUGGCCAAGGCUUAACAUAUAAUAAUGUAAACAGAAUGGAUUAUUUAGAUAAAAUUUUCAAGGAAAUAUUACGAAAGUAUCCGCCAGUAACAUUUCUUUUGAGACAAGCCAUGUCGAAUUAUACUUUCAAUGGUACUACAGUUAGUAUACCGAAAGGCCAAAAAGUAUGGAUUCCAAUUUACGCGAUGCAACGAGAUCCGGAUUUUUAUCCAAAGCCAGAUAUCUUCGAUCCAGAAAGAUUUAACGAGGAAGCUGUACAAAGCAGACACCUGAUGGUUUAUCAACCCUUCGGUGACGGGCCAAGGAAUUGCAUCGGAUCUCGUUUCGCUGUUCAUCAGACUAAACUUGGACUUAUAAAGAUGCUUCGCAACUACAGAAUUGAGCCUUGCGAGAAAACUCCAAUACCCUACGUAAACAACCCUGGAUCAUUCCUACUAGCGCCAAAAGGCGGACUACACUUGAAAAUAGUUAAACUUAAUCGAACUUAAGUUUUUCCUAAUUCUUCACAGAAAAUAUAUUACGUAAUAAAGAGUGCAGAAAAUAGAUCAUUUAAAACAAUAA